AUGAGGUUGAUGAAUCGGAAGAAUUUAGUCUUUUUAAUGUUUUAGCUUUUUCUAGAAUCAUCAUUCAUCUCAGUUUUUUCAAGUUCAGUCAUAUAAAAUACAAGUUGGAAACAUAGUUUAGCUCCACAAAGGCUCAGAGCGAGCAACAAUCACUGGACUGAUGCAAAUCGCAGCAGCUGCGGGGAUGAACCGCUGGGCUCCGGGAAGAGCCGGGAAUGCCACUAAAUCAGACGGGAGUGGGCCGCGCGGAGGGAGGCUGAUGAUGCUGGUGUGGAUUAUCCUCUUCAGCUCGCUGUGCCUGAUGGUCGACGGGCAGAUGAAGAUCCCACCAGAAACGGUGCAGCAGUGGGCCGUGUCCUUUAGCAAAGAGAUUGCUGCUCUCUCCGCCAGGUACUCUGGAGCCAAGCUGCUACAGAAGAAAUACAAGGACAUCGAGGGCAUGGUGAAGAUUGAGGAGGUGGACGGAGAGGAGCUGGUGAAAAAGUUUGCAGAGGAGAUGGAGGAGAUGCUCGGGAGGAAGAUGAAGUCAGUGAAGAGGUUAGCAGAAGCAGCAGAGGAUGCAGAUUUAUACCACGAGUACAAUGAAACACUGGAGUUUGAUUAUUAUAACUCCAUGCUGAUCAACUCGUACGAUCAGGCUGGGAACUCGGUGCCACUGGGAGGAGAAUUCCCUCUGGAGGCAAAUGAACACUUCAAUACACUCCCAGUGAACACACAACUGAGCAACAUACAAGUCCCCACUAACGUCUACAACCGAGAUCCAGACAUUCUCAACGGAGCCUACAUGUCCGAGGCCCUGAACGACGUGUUCAUCGAUAACUUCCAGAAGGACCCGACUCUCACGUGGCAGUACUUUGGCAGCGCUACAGGCUUCUUCAGGCUGUACCCAGGGAUCAAGUGGACUUCAGAUGAACAUGGUGUGGUCACGUUUGAUAGCAGAAACAGAAAUUGGUAUAUCCAAGCAGCCACGUCUCCCAAAGAUGUGGUGAUCGUGGUGGAUGUCAGCGGCAGCAUGAAGGGACUGAGACUGACCAUCGCCAAACACACCAUCAAUACAAUCCUGGACACACUGGGAGAAAAUGACUUUGUUAACAUCAUUGCUUACAGUGAUUAUGUUCGUUACGUGGAGCCCUGCUUCAAGGGCACACUGGUACAAGCUGAUCUGGAUAACCGGGAGCAUUUCAAGAUUUUGGUUGAAGAGCUUCAUGUGAAAGGAGAGGGAAAAGUGAAAUAUGCAAUGAAGGAAUCUUUCAAGAUUCUCAAUGAGGCUGCUGCACAAGGCCAGGGCAGCCUGUGUAACCAGGCCAUCAUGCUGAUUACAGAUGGAGCCAUGGAGGACUUCCAGGAGGUUUUUCAAGAGUUCAACUGGCCAGAGCGAAGGGUUCGAGUUUUCACCUACUUAAUUGGACGUGAGAUGACAUUUGCUGAUAAUGUCAAAUGGAUCGCCUGCAAUAAUAAGGGUUACUACACCCACGUCUCCACGCUGGCUGACGUGCAGGAAAACGUUAUGGAGUACCUCCAUGUUCUCAGCCGGCCGAUGGUCAUCAACCACGAUCAUGACAUCAUAUGGACCGAGGCCUACAUGGACACUGUGCUGUUCGAUACUCAGGCCCAAAGCCUGCUGCUGAUGACCUCGGUGGCCAUGCCUGUGUUCAGCAAGAAGAAAGAGACUUUGUCUCAUGGGAUUCUGCUGGGAGUGGUGGGAACUGACGUGGCCCUAAAAGAACUGAUGAGAUUAGCUCCUAGAUACAAGUUGGGUGUCCAUGGUUACGCCUACCUCCUCACCAACAAUGGCUACAUCCUGUCUCACCCUGACCUACGACCUUUGUAUAAGGAGGGGAAGAAGUUAAAGCUGAAACCUAACUACAACAGUGUUGAUCUUUCGGAGGUGGAGUGGGAGGACACUGAGGAGAAACUGAGGACAGCCAUGGUGAAAGGAGAAACUGGAACGUUAUCUUUAGACGUGAGAACGUCAGUGGAUAAAGGAACGAGAGUGAUGUUCCUGAAGAAUGAUUACUUUCACACCGUCCUCAAUGAGACGCCAUUUAGUCUGGGUGUAGUGUUAACUCAGGGAUAUGGACAGUAUAUCUUCAUUGGAAACGUCUCUGUUGAGGAAGGUCUUCAUGACUUACUGGCUCCAGAUCUGACCAUAGCCAGCGAGUGGACAUACUGUGAGACUGACAUCGACCCAGCCCACCGCAAGCUGAAUCAGCUGCAGGCUGUUAUACGAUACCUCACUGGCAAAGAACCUGAAUUGGAGUGUGAUGAGUCGUUGUUGCAACAAACUCUGUUUGAUGCUGUGGUCACGGCUCCUAUGGAAGCUUACUGGACCGCUCUUAUGCUUAAUACAUCUGGUAUUGACGAUGGAGUAGAAACAGCGUUCCUGGGGACCCGUUCAGGCCUGUUGAGAUUCCAGCGGUACACUGGUAUUGAGAAAAGGGUUGCUAAGACUUUCCUGACCUCCACAGACAAGGAGAAUAUGUUCACACUGGACCAUUUCCCAGUAUGGUACCGCAGAGCAGCCGAGUACCCAGCUGGACAGUUUCUAUACUACAUGCCCAGACAGGACACUAGAGCAGGGCCGAUAGUGAUCUCUACCACUGCAGUCACUGUGACCGUGGGCAAGAAAACUGCCAUCGCUGGAGCCAUCGGUGUCCAGAUGACUCUUGACGCGUUUGAGUCCAGAUUCUGGUCCAUUACGUCCCAGCCAAAUGACACAGAUUGCUCUGACAUAGAAGGGAAAUGUCCUCUUCAGUGUGGCAGCUUUGAUAUCGACUGUUACCUGAUUGACAAUAAUGGCUUUGUCCUAAUUUCUAAACAGCGUAAUGAUGCGGGGAGGUUCUUUGGUGAGGUUGAUGGAUCAGUGAUGACCACGCUUAUCAGAAUGGGCAUGUUCAAAAGGGUGUCCUUGUUCGACUACCAAGCCAUGUGUAAGAUGAACUCGCACUCUGUCAACAGCGCUCGUCCACUGCUCAGUCCCUUCUAUGGUUUGGCAUCAGCACUCAAGUGGCUCCUCUCCAACUUCCUUCUGUUCCUCCUGGAGUUUAAUAUCUGUGGCUUCUGGCACACGGAGCAUUUUGCUGAUGCGAAGCCAUCUUUCAGCGUGUCCUCGGCUCAUAAGAAAAAAGGGGACAUCCUGCAGCCGUGUGAAACCGAGUACCCCAGCUUCGUUUAUGAGCCGUCAGUCAAAGAGACCAACAGCAUUAUUAAGUGUGGACGCUGCCAGAAGAUGUUUGUGGUGCAACAGAUACCAGACAGCAACCUCCUGAUGCUGGUGGUUCAAGCAGACUGUGACUGUUCCAGACAGUACAGUCCAAUCACCAUGGAGCCCCAGGAAGUCAAAUAUAACGCCUCAGUAAAGUGUGACAGGAUGAGGUCGCAGAAGAUUCGCAGACGGCCCGAGUCCUGCCACGCCUACCAUCCACAGGAGAAUGCCAACGACUGCGGACGAGCUUCUUUCAUUUCUCUCUCAAUCUCUCUCUUCUUUAUCUGUCUUUCCUUCUCCACGAUCGUUUCUUGACAAUGGACAACCUUUGGUGUUCCAUCCAUUAUCGCAUUAAGGGGGGAGAUUGGAAAAAAUGAAGACAUGUGUUUAAACACUGGAAACCUCAAGUGGAUUUUUUUUUAAUGUUCCUAAUUAUGGACAAUUUGCUCAUGAAGACAACAAGUCAGGUCUCUCCUGGCGGACAUGGACAUCGAUGUUAUUAUGAGCGUUUGUGGGUCACGCACCAAUUUGCAUCUCACAAUGAAAAGGAACUGAAGAGAUGCAGGUGGUGGCUGUGACGUGCUUUGAUGCAAGAGGCUUAUGAGUCACAAGAUGCAGCAUAACAGAAUCCAAGGGGGGGAAAUAUGUUUCUCAUUUCCCUUAUCACACUGAAUGGUGUGUUGCAAGCACACAUGCAUAUUAUAUAUGCGGCUACAAGCAUGCAAACCUCCAAUAAUACAAGCAUCCAAUAUUUAUCAGCCACAAUGCUUUAUUCAAAGACUUUGCUCUUUUAAUUAUGAGUAAUAACCAGAGACAAGGGCUACAAACGUAUGUGGUAGAACACUGUUGUGUUUCAUGGUUGCAUAGCAUUUAGAUUUAUAUCAAAAACUGAUAAAAGAUAAUAAAAAAUGGGGGUCGUCAGCUCUUUGGGGGAAACUCAUUUUGAAUUUAUAUUUUGAUCACAUCCCCGAAAAUAUUUGUUUCUUUUUAAAUAAUGUCUGUCUGCCUUUCUGUCUUUAUCAUCUGUGUCUUUCUUUGUGUUUGUACAGAUACCUUUUGUAACUAUGUUUGUCUGGACGUGUGGGAACCAGAAUUCUGGCAGCGUGUAUGUCUACAAUCUGCAUGGUUCACACAACUGUAGCCUGAAGUUCCAGAUGUUUUCGGAUCACUUGUGUUUCGUGUGUAUGUGUUGGGGGUUUUAAAAAAUGAACAAAUAUGAUGUCAAUCUGCAUGUGCUUACCACAAAUGAUGAUUUGCACUUCUACCAAGAUAUACAUUUUUAAGAAAUUCAAUUUCAAUGCAUUUUCCAGAGACUUACUUUAAUUUUUUUAGGGGUCAUCUUCCUGUAUCUGCUUUCAUAAAACAAUUUAGAAAAGUAAAGGUUACUCCCACUGAGAAGCAGCGUUGUUCGUAUGGAAGAAACUUGGUCAUGGCUUCAUUUUUUUUAAAUCUCCUGUUGAUUUGUGUGUAAUUCCAAUGUAAAUGAAUCACACAGUAUUUUUGUACACAUCUGCUUGUAUGUUUCAUAUUUUGGACUGUUUUGUCUCAGCGUUUCAUCUUUGAGCUGUGAGUGUCCCUGUUGUUGUUUUCUAUCAUAUUUUUUCCAUCAUCGUACGAAGUAUGUCCGUUGAGUUGAACUAAUUCUGUUGACAGAAUUGCCUCAGACUUUGCCUGUUUAGGUAAUAGACUCAGAUACAUGUCGUGUGUGUGCAUCAUUACACGUUGUUGUCUCUCUUGCUUGGAUUAUUGCAGAACUUUGACUCAUUCGUUGACUUUUGUUGGUAAUCUUCACUGUACAAUAUUGAGUGGUUGAUAUGUUCACAUUGUGGUUUGA